GGUUGUGGUUUCUAUAGCGGGUGUGAGGGUCAGGUGGGGGCUGCCUGGCGAUUGAACCCGGAAGUGGAGGUGCCAGUGCCAGUGUCAGGUGUCGCGGUUCGGUUCGGGAGAGCGUCUGAGGCGGGUACGCGGAAUGCAAGAUCUGAAAAACUGAAACUUUGUAUUGUGAAUACCUAAGAGAGGCUUGGGGAAAAGAAGAUAUGUUCAACCUUUUCCGAAAAAGCCAAGACUCUAAGAAGGUGUCAUUGCCAGAAAGAGAGGCAGAUGGAUUUGUUCUUUUGGGUGAUACAAUUAAUGAACAGAGAAGAGCAUCUAAAGAUAAAAAUUCAUUUCCUGAGGCAGGACCUACAUACAGUCAACCUGUUCAGCCAAAUACAGAAAAACAUUCACAUUUGACUGUAGUGGGUGCUGAGGAGGGAAAUGAAACAAGUCAACAUUUGGAAAGCAAUCAUUUGAUGUCAGAGUUCCUCAAUGAUGUACCCUUCACCCUAGCACCCAAUGUGCUAGCAGUACAGGACAUCUCUAAUGGCCUUCCAGACCAGUUGCUCUCCUACAACAUCAAUGAUAAUUUAUCAAGAUUUUGGUAUGAUUUUACACUUGAAAAUUCAGUGCUUUGUGAUUUGUAAUAUGUCCUUAUCUUUCUGUCCCUUUGAAUGUGCACCGUGACAACUUGAAGAUAAUUACACAAAUAUUUUGUUUUGUAACUUAACUGCUUAAAUGUUUUUGUGGUAUGCCAUUUAUAUAACACAUGCAUAAAAACUAAAAUAAUUAAAAUCUCAUACUGUUUUAUUCCUUAACAUAUCAUCUUGCAUUACACUUAAGUAACUUAUCAGAAAUACUGAAUUUGUUCCUAAAAUAGUCAAGCAGAACUAUUAGUUUUGUUUAAUCCUGAGUAAGAGAUCCAUCUGUUAAUACAUUAAUUGGUGACUGUCAAUAAGUGGACUGUAAAUGCACACAUUUCAUUAUUCUUACCUGUGAUGUCAUGGACUUCUGCAGCAUUUGAUAUUUUACUCUAAUGCCACAAAUGCAAAGCCUGUUGUGCAUAUUUCUUUUUAGACUAUCUUUUGCUUUUUCCAGGGUUGGAAAUGAAUGCCGAUUGUAAAUGAAGUCAUGCUAUUUUGCAUUACAAUAGGCAACUGAUGCUCCAGUCUCAAAUGCUGCGUUUUAAACUUCUGAGGAAAGUUUACAGGUUUAACUUUGUUAGUAUGACUGAGUAGAUUUUACUAUACUCAAAAUGAAAAGCUAGUCAGCUUCUCCUUUUUUCCAGUAGACCUUGCUGUUCAUCUUACCAGGUCACUUCGGUCUCUCUUUCUCUGUCUUUCUCAAGGGUUUUCUCUCUAACUGCCCUGCAUUUGCUGUUUUUUCUCAUUGCCACAUGUGUUCCUGGUUUAUGCAUAGAUCAGUUUUUCCUUUUUAACCUUUGUGCCCUCUAAAGAAAGAAAUCUCAGGAUAUGUACUUUUAAUGGUCAUACCCUUGUUUUUUUUUUUAAUUGUGGCCCAAAGAUACAGAUGGCAGUGUUUAACUACUACAAAACAUUAAAUUGUUCCAUACCCAACUAAAUACCUAAAAAUUCAUUUCAAGCCUUGAAUAUGCAUAUUUUAUUAUAGCUAAAACCUAACUAAAUUGCUGUUGCCCAGUGAACUGCUCACUGAAGUCUUUUGUGGGUUGUGUGAAGAAUUCUCUGUGCCAUAUGCAAGAUUAAAUUUGUUUUGACUAUCAGGAAAAAAAUAUAUUUACUGUGCCAACUGUAAGUGGGUAUUUUCAUAAGAAAUGUGUGACAUAGGAUAUUUUAAAACAUACAUACAGAUUUUCACAUGUGGGUGCUUUUAAGAUGUUUGGGAUAAUAAAUACCACAAAUGAUAGAGAAGCUAUGUUGUAAUUACAUUUUGGUUUGUUAAAUGAUCAUAUUUUCUCAGAUUUUUUUCUGGAAAACCUAUGCAUUUCAUUAGUUUGUUUGCAGUCUGUAUCUGUUAAGUUUAUAAAUAUGCUUUGAGCUACUUGUUUUCAGGGAAAAUAUCUAUUGCACUUAAAUAAAAGCUGUGGUUAAAUAAUA